AGGCCCCGCCUGGUGCCGGGUGGAUGCCUGCUGUACUGCGCGUGGGGACGACGACUCCUGCGGACUCAAGCAGUGCGGAUUGCGACUCUGUGCUCACACCCGGGCUCACUCGCCGGGAGAAAGGGUCGCAGGAGCGGUGGGCUGAGGGGUAGGAGUUGGGGUGCAGGGAGGACCUCGGGUCUUGGGCCGGGGGUGCUGGGCUGGGAGGAGAGAGGGGGCACCAGGGACAUGGCGCGGCCGGACGAUGAAGAGGAGGCAGCGGUGGCGAACGGGCAUCCGCCCUCGAAUGGAUACCUCCCCGUCCCGGGCGACGCGCCCGCGGGAGAAAUGAGCGCGGAGACGCAGAAGGAGCCCAAAACUGGCUGCCUGGCCCUGAAUGGAGUGUCUCGGGACAGCCCCAAAGCCGUCUCGAGAGCCCUGGACAGGCCGAAGACUCCACUGGCCCCGGAGGAAGAGACCCAGGCCUGGCUGCUGCCCAAGGGCCCCAGCGAAGAGAACCCGGGGGCCGAGAACACCCUGGUGGCCCGGACGGCGCUCUCCCCGCGGCGCUUUGUGAUACUUCUGGUUUUCAGUCUGUACUCGCUGGUGAAUGCCUUUCAGUGGAUCCAAUACAGCAUCAUCAGCAAUGUCUUCGAGGGCUUCUACAACGUCCCUUCGCUGCACAUCGACUGGCUGUCCAUGGUGUACAUGCUGGCCUACGUGCCCCUCAUCUUCCCCGCCACCUGGCUGCUGGAUACCAGAGGCCUGCGGCUCACCGCCCUGCUGGGCGCCGGCCUCAACGCCCUGGGCGCCUGGAUCAAGUGCGGCAGCGUGCAACAGCAUCUCUUCUGGGUCACCAUGAUGGGCCAGUGCCUGUGCUCCGUGGCCCAGGUGUUCAUCCUCGGCUUGCCCUCCCACAUCGCCUCUGUGUGGUUUGGACCCAAGGAGGUGUCCACAGCUUGUGCCACCGCCGUGCUAGGUAAUCAGCUUGGAACGGCAGUUGGCUUUUUACUGCCACCAGUUUUAGUGCCCAACACACAGAAUAACACAGAACUUCUGGCUUGUAAUAUCAGUACCAUGUUUUACGGAACAGCAGCGGUCGCCACAUUUUUAUUUAUUUUAACAGUAAUUGCAUUCAAAGAAAAACCUCAGUAUCCACCAAGUCAGGCUCAAGCUAUUCUCCAAGACAAUCCCCCUGAAGACUACUCCUACGUGAAAUCCAUAAGGAACCUGUUUAGAAACAUUCCUUUUGUCCUUCUAUUGAUCACUUAUGGUAUCAUGACUGGAGCAUUUUAUUCAGUCUCAACAUUAUUAAAUCAAAUGAUACUGACAUAUUAUGAGGGAGAAGAAGUGAAUGCUGGAAGGAUUGGGCUCACACUGGUCCUGGCUGGAAUGGUGGGCUCUAUUCUUUGUGGCUUAUGGCUGGAUUAUACCAAAACAUACAAACACACUACUCUGACAGUUUACAUUUUAUCUUUUGUUGGAAUGGUUAUAUUUACUUUCACACUGAACCUCGGACACAUUAUCAUCCUGUUUGUCACUGGAGGGUUGCUUGGUUUCUUUAUGACUGGUUACCUCCCCUUGGGUUUUGAAUUUGCUGUUGAAAUCACUUACCCUGAAUCUGAAGGUACUUCAUCUGGUCUUCUUAAUGCGGCUGCCCAGAUAUUUGGAAUUUUAUUCACAUUGGCACAAGGAAAGCUCAUAUCAAACUACGGUCCCAAGACAGGGAACAUUUUCCUUUGUGUUUGGAUGUUUAUAGGCAUCAUUUUAACAGCAUUAAUCAAAUCUGAUCUGAAAAGACACAAUAUAAAUAAAGGAGUUGCAAAUGGCGAUAUGAAAGCUGUACCAGUGGAUAGUCCCACAGAUCAAGAAUCCAAAACGAUUCUGAUGUCCAAGCAGUCAGAAUCAGCAACUGAUUCUGAGGUCUAACUUUGAGGUGAAAGGAAAAGUUACUAUUGUGAUAACUGAGUAGCAAAGCUUAGUUUAUAGGUUAUGGGGAAUGGACACUUACUUGAAAAUGACUAUGACUCCUAAAUGCAGUUACUGUUUUUACUCACUUGUUAAUUGAAGCGAUGUUUUGCUUCAAAUGCUUUUGCUUACAUCAUUGUAAUACUACCAUUUAUCUAAUGAACGUCCCAUCUUACGUCGUUGAUCCAAAAGCAAGCUUCUUGACAUUUGUUUUUCAGAAGUUAAGUGUUGUUCUUUUUGUAGAAAACAGACACGUGGAAGACUUUUCUAAGAUUAUGAUGCGGAGGUCCAAUCCCUUCCAGUCACGUAGGAGGGAGUUUGUUUACUUGAAACUAGCCAGGGGUACCAAGUGUACAAUAUAUAACUAAUUCUCUCUCUUCCCAUUGUUUGGAGCAACCGUCCAAGCCCCCUUCUUGUGCUAGAGUCACAGUUAGACCAAUAUGACACGUCUAACCCACCAGUGACCCUACUGGCGUGAGACUCCAGAUGAACUCUAAGAUUUUGCCCAUUUCUUACAUUCUUGUUAGCAAAUGCUUUGUACCAGAUCCUGUCGAUGGAACCCAUAACCUCGGUCUUAUGCUUAUGUUCUCAUGGAGUGAAGGAGCCCGGACAGACUCAUUGCCCAGAGUCCUCCUUGGUGCUGCCUUCCCGUCGUGGUACAAACACUAACACUCUAUGUAUUUUUCCCCCAAUACGUAACUUCUAGUAAGAAAAUUUCAUCCUACGUGUUACUGGCUUUUUCUUGAUUUCUUGUGACACACCUUCUUCUUUUGCCUUGAGGAUUCCUGAGAUAAGGAAAUCUCUGAUAACUUCCAGUGGCCUAGGUGUUCCCAUUCAGGGGGAGACCUCUGGGAACGCUCCCUGUUCGAAUCCCGCAGCAUCCCCCUCAUGCCCAUCCUCCUGUGAGGAGGGCUGUGCCCCCUCGGCACACUGGGCCAGAGGAGUCUCUUCUCACCACACAGUGUGGGUAAGCAUGUGCUGCAGGGACAGCCCGCUCUUCCCACGCUCAGGGCAAGGGGAACAGGAGCCAGCGUGUUUCCACAGUGCCUCCCACUGCGUUCCGUUCGGAGUGAGAAUCUAAAUGUUGCUUGUGUCCUGACUGUCUAAGCUGAUGGGGGACAUCUUUAGAGUUGAGGGUAUUUAAAUGGCCAUAAUAUUUAUAUUAUGUCCACACAAACACAAAAGCCAAUCAGGUAUAUGCCCUGAGUACCUUGAAGUCCAUCAGCAGUUCAGACUCGGGCCUACUAGAUGCAUUACUUUAUGUUAAAAUGACAACAUUCUCUGUAACCCAUCGGCAGUAAAUUAUAUGGAAUCUUAGCCUGGAGAGCGUGUUACCAGAAGAACUGAGCUGGGAGUCAGGGACGGCGGGGUCUGUGUCCUGGAUCUGUUUCUAGCCUCCCUGUAAAUCUCCAGGUAGCAUUUUUCUCAUCUGUAUAAUGAAUGUGUCGAAUUUGAUCUCAAAGAUCUUUUAUGAAUCUUAAAUGCUAAGUCUUGAACAGACAACUGUGGUUGCUGCCUUGUAGAUACAGGGAAUUUUAAAUCUGUUCUUAGCCUUUUUUGUUCAUUUGGUGAUAGACAAGCAGAGUUUGUGAAAUCAUUAACUUCCUUAGAUAUUUAUAUCAGAGGUUUUAGGGCCAAAAAAUUUUUUUUUUCCUGCUUUUUAGGGCCACACAUAUGGCACAUGGAUGUUCCCAGGCAAGGGGUCAAAUU